AACACCGCCCCUCACAACACAGGCGAUACGUCGUCACCUGAGUUCAGUGUUUCAUCAUCACCGUUGCUUGACGCUUCCUAAGUGUGUGAGCUCCCGUGUACAGCAGUCUAUCACAGCUAUGACAACUAUCAACUAUGAGGAGCUGUCGGGCUGUCUAUCCGAGGUGAGGAUAGUAGACGUGAGGAAGAGAGAGGAGGUGAAGGAACAGGGACAGAUACCAGGAUCACACGUCUUGCCUGUACAGGAGCUGGAAGAAUCAUUGAGUCUAAGUGAGGACAACUUCAAGACUAAAUACGGGUUCCCUAAACUCAGCCCACAAGACCCCAACCUCGUGAUUAGUUGCAGGUCUGGUAGGAGAGUUGGUCUAGCCCAGGAGGUGCUCAAUACCAAAGGCUUCACCAAACACAAGUUGUAUUAUGGAUCCUUCCUCGAUUGGACAGAGAAGGGAGGUUCCAUCAUCAAGCCCGGGGAACCUUACGAGCCACAGGAAUAACACACAUACACCGGGUCGACCCAAGUCCCCAAGAAUGAGGUUUUCACUGGACGUUAGAAUUUGAAGACUUAUUGUGUUUAAUUGGACUUUGUGGACUUAAGGCUUACCAAAACAUCAACACCAUCACGAACAAACGUAACAUUCCCCUACAAACUAAAGACUGAGUUUAGGCUGUCCCU